GCAGCAGUUCUAGUUCCUUUACUCAACGAAGGAGGGGGCCCAGACUGCAGAUUUAGUUGAUAGCUAGCGAGCGGUUACUGGUUAGGGUCAGUUGGUAGAUUCAGCAGUCCAUGGACCAGUCGGCUUUUCUACUGGCACUUGUCUUCUCCCUGUUCCCCUUGUUGGAAAUUCAGCCAGCUGACCUCAGAUCCAGAUUCCACCACGCUACAGAUAGUUCGGCCUUUCUAGAUAUAUUCUGACUGGUUACUGGUAACCUAACGUCGUAGAUACCUCUAGACUUCUAGAGUGUGUCACGGUCAGCUAGUCUUUGCUGCCGAGAAGACCACUGCUGAUUUCCACUUGGUGUCUACUGCAGAUUUUUUUUUUAAUCUUGCCCAGAAGUGGUCAUCAGCAUGUGGAAGUUCCGGUCCCUUCGGCGAAAAAGAACGAGCUUCUGCUGAAGCUGGAGGCAGCAAGCAUCAACCCAGUGGACUGGAAGGUGCAGAAAGGCAUGCUGAGGCCUUUCCUGCCUCGUAAAUUACCUUUUAUCCCAGUGACUGAUGUGGCAGGAGUCGUGGCUGAUGUUGGUCCAGGAAUCAAUGGGUUCCAAGCCGGAGAUCAAGUUGUUGCUAUGCUCAACUCAUUUAACGGAGGUGGGCUUGCGGAGUAUGCUGUGGCAUCAGAAAAUCUGACCGUCAAGAGGCCUCCUGAGGUAUCUGCUGCCGAAGGCGCAGGGCUGCCCAUCGCCGCCGGCACUGCCCUCCAGGCGCUCAGGACCAUCGGCGCCAAGUUCGACGGUACUGGAAAGCCCAUGAACGUUCUGGUCACCGCGGCAUCAGGUGGCGUCGGCCUCUACGCCGUGCAGCUCGCGAAACGGGCUGGUCUCCACGUCACUGCCACCUGCGGCGCGCGUAACGUAGAGCUGGUGAAGAGCCUGGGCGCCGACGAGGUGCUUGACUACAGGACGCCGGAGGGUGCCACCCUGCAGAGCCCCUCGGGCAAGAAGUACGAUGGCGUCGUCCACUGCACUGUCGGGACCAGCUGGUCGACGUUCGAGCCUGUGCUGGCCGCCACGGGGAAGGUGAUCGACAUCACCCCGAACUUGACUGCCAUCCUCAAAUCGGCGCUGCACAGUGUGACCUUCGCCAGGAAGCGGCUCGUGCCACUGCUCCUGUCGCCCAACAAGGCGGACCUAGAGUUCCUGGUCGGGCUGCUGAAGGACGGCAAACUCGAGACGCUGAUCGACUCGAGGUUCCCGCUGAGCGAGGUGAGCAAGGCGUGGGAGAAGAGCAUCGAGGGCCAUGCCACUGGAAAGAUCAUUGUCGAGAUGGGAGACUGAUCUGGGACGCGUCCAUUGCCGAUAGAGACUUGCAGUAGCAUCCACUAGGCUGUUGGACACUACAGGGUUAAAGUCAACAUAUACGAAGUAGUACUAGUAUCUGAGUUUGGUCGUCGUACAAAUUGUUCGUGAGUGGUGAGCCAGUUUAUAGGCUUGUUUUUCUUUUGUUUUCAGCUAUAAACUUGAACUUCUUGUACAGUUUAGGGUUUUAUGGGGUUGCAUGAUAGAUCCGCAAAGUUGCAUUGUAAUUACAUAUUUGGGACUUGGGAGUUGCUAUAUUUCUGCUUGAAACUUCAGAAA